AGCCGAAGAUGUCGGCUCGGUCAUGUGAUCAGCUGUGUCCAAUCAUAGCUGAUCACAUUGGACAUGUACACAGAUCAUCAGAUCACUGAUGAUCAGUGUGCCCUGAUGAUCUGUGUAGCCCCAGCAGCGCCAGCUGUCAGUGUCCAUCAGUGCCAGCUCUCAGUGCUCAUCCAUGCCACCUGCCAGUGUCACAUUUCAGUGCCACAUCAACAGCACAUAUCAGUGCCCAUCUGAGUUGCCUUUCAGUGUCACCCAUCAGUGCCAGUCAGUGCCACCUAUCAAUGCCAGUCAGUGCCAACUAUCAGUGCUGCCACUCAGUGCCACCUAUCAGUGCCGCCUAUCAGUG